GGUAAUGAUCACAGGCAAACAUGGCAGCCAUCCUUCCAAGGAUCUUGUCCUUCGGUAAAAAUACGAAGGUUUUGCUCAACUGUUUGAGAUUAUCAGCAGUUCCAGUUCAGCAGUACAGUGUUCCGGUUUCUAACCAUGGAGAAAUAAUUACCCACACGGGACAGGUCUAUGAUGAAAAUGAUGUGAGACGUGCUAGAUUUGUUGGCAGACAUAAAGAGGUGAAUGAGAACUUUGCAAUCAACCUGGUUGCAGAAGAACCAGUCUCACAUGUAGAGUCCAGGGUGGUGUCCUGUGAUGGAGGCGGAGGGGCUCUCGGCCACCCCAAAGUUUACAUCAAUUUGGACAAGGACACCAGAGUUGGCACAUGUGGAUACUGUGGGUUGCAGUUUAAGCAGACGCAUCAUCACUGAAGAACCAUUUUGUUUGUUUGGGCCAUAUAUUAUUCAACUUUGAGGAUCUAAAACUUUUCUCUGUACAAUAAAUAUUACUAUAAUAUAAA